AUGAUGAUUCUUCGGAACGCUGCGCCUCUCAAGCGCACCCUUGCUCCUUCCCACCGCUACGCUUCCCUGCCUCUGCUCAGGGUCAGCCCCCAGCUCCGAUGGAACAGCACUAGACCACCCAAGUUUGAGCCUGAAGACUUCAAGGCUACUCCGCGACGGUCUCCCCAGUCUGGAAGCGAAGGUUCCAAAGAGCAGUCUUACAAUGAAAAAGUAGCUCAUGCCUGGUCUACUCCUACCAAAUGGUAUCCCAUCCCUAUCGCGCUCGGUGCCCUCGUACUUUUAGGCGUGCAAUACCGGAAGCAAGCCAGAGGAGAAGUGGAGGUGGAGAGCCAAGGGGAAGGAGGGGCAGUGCUGAAAAGGAAAGCCGAUGGCCCUUGGCAACAGGUCCGAGUCAUGGGCGCCCUCCCUCUUCGUUCUCUCUCUCAGCUCUGGGGCUAUUUGAAUGGUCUCGUACUCCCUGUAUGGUUCAGACCAUUCGGAUUCACACUUUACGCCAAGAUUUUCGGAUGUAACCUUGAUGAAGUGCCGAAGGAUCUGAAGGAGUAUGAGAGUUUAGGAGAUUUCUUCUAUAGAGAGAUCAAGGUCGGAGCCAGGCCUGUUGCUGACAGCCCCAUGGUGUCUCCAGCGGACGGCAAGGUCCUCCACUUUGGCGAGAUUGUUGGCGAACGCGUCGAGCAAGUCAAGGGUAUCACCUACUCUUUGGGAGCCCUUCUUGGUUCUGAUUCUCCCGCUUAUGGCCAAUCUACCGAUAUUCCCCGAACUUCCCAACCUCAAGUCGUUGAAGACGAGAACUUUGCCAAGAUCAACGACAUCCCGUACUCCCUGUCUGCUCUGCUGGGCCAAGGUGCUGGACCAGAGUCUGCGGGUCAGACAAGGGAGCAAUCUGAAGCGAAAAAGCACGGGCAGGUGGAAGAUGCUAGUCAUCCACCCAAAGGAGAGCAAUUGGCCCACGAUGCCUCGGUCGCUGCCCAGCUGGGUGUAGGCGCUCUCGGCAACAAGAUCGACUCUCACACCCAGCUCCCCAGGCUGUCAGAGCACAACAAGCUCUUCUUCAUGGUCAUCUAUCUCGCCCCGGGAGACUACCACCGUUUCCAUUCGCCCACCUCUUGGGUCGUUGAGCGUCGACGACACUUUACAGGAGAUCUUUUCUCCGUCUCGCCCUACGUUGCCAACAGGAUGCAAGACUUGUUUGUCCUCAACGAGCGAGUAGCGUUGUUGGGCAGGUGGAAGCACGGGUUCUACUCCAUGGUCCCCGUCGGCGCCACCAACGUCGGUUCCAUCCGAAUCAACUUUGAUCAAGCCCUUCGGACCAACACCCGAGUCCUCUCGCACCCGCCCAAGACCUACGCCGAGGCGACCUACAGUUCGGCGUCGGUCCUGAAGGGACAGCCGCUCUUGGCCGGAGAGGAGAUGGGAGGGUUUAGGUUGGGAAGCACGGUGGUGCUUGUGUUUGAAGCGCCAGAGAACUGGAAGUUUGGCGUUGAAGCCGGAGAAAAGGUCAAGGUCGGGCAAGCCUUGGGUAGAUUCGAGGAGUGA